UUUAUUUUCCACUGUUUAAAGAAGUUAUUACCAAUCGAAUGCCUCUGGACAAUAUAUAGUUCUGUUUUCUUUUCUGUGGAAUAAUUUACAAAGUAAUAAUUUGGUUGUCAAACUCAAAUAUUCUUCGAUGAACCCUGUAUGAUCCUAAUGUAAUGUUUUGAUAUUAGCGUGCUAACCAGCUUUCAUGGUACUUGUAGUCACGGCACAAUAUUGCGAUCAAAUAGAAGGGUGAUUAGUUUCCCGGCGAUAUGUGUCUAGAAGUGUAAUGUAGCUAACUGUAACCCUUUUCAACACAAUAAAUCGGUUAAAGUAGCCACUGUUGGCCAUUGGACAUAGUCGAUGUAGCUAGCUAGAUUUUUAGCUGGAUAGUUGUAAUCAACGUUGCUAGUCAGCACAAGCUAGUAUGUUUGAGAUGAAGCGCUCGCUAGUUUGUUAGUUAGCAUUAGCUAGCUAUUUCACCAGCAGGAUAGUUUGAUUGCGUUACCUAGCCAUUGUAACACUUCUAUCGAAUAGUUAGACUAGCGUAGUCUAACGAAGUAGCAUAGCUCAUUGCGGCGUGCUUUUUCAUCGCAUUAAACCCAACCGCGGCUACGAGAGUUCGUUAGCUGAAUAGCCAGUCCGCUAGCCACCUAUUGCUGGGUUGAUUCUUGCUAGAUGCAGUUGGAGCUUCAACCAUUACUUUUCUAACGUUAGACAAACUUCAUCUUGCAUCGAUUUAGCUAUCGUUGACUAGUUUGGUAGUGCUAGCUAACCAUCCCGAAUGCUACGUGUGAUCAUAAGCUGGAAAAUACGUUGUAGGGCUGGUGAACGCUUGCUUAAAUUUCAAAGGGGAGAAAUGGGCACUACAGACUGCUACAUCGUGCACGAGAUCUACAACGGGGAGAACGCCCAGGACCAGUUUGAGUACGAGCUGGAGCAGGCCCUGGAGGCCCAGUACAAGUACAUUGUGAUCGAGCCCACGCGCAUCGGCGACGAGACGGCGCGCUGGGUGGCGGUGGGCAACUGCCUGCACAAGACGGCGGUGCUGGCCGGGGUGGCGUGCCUCUUCACGCCCGUCUCCCUGCCGCCGGAGUACUCGCGCUACGUGGCGCUGCCUGCCGGGGCCCUCAGCGUGGCCUGCGCCGCCCUCUACGGCAUCUCCUGGCAGUUCGACCCCUGCUGCAAGUACCAGGUGGAGUACGACAGCCACAAACUGUCCCGCCUCCCCCUGCACACGCUCACCUCCUCCACGCCCGUGGUGCUGGUGAGGAAGGACGACGUCCACAGAAAGAGACUCCACAACACGAUAGCGCUGGCCGCCCUGGCUUACUGCGUCAAGAAGAUCUACGAACUUUACAUCGUUUGAGCUCUUUUUUUUUUUUUUUUUUUUAAACCGUAAUUAAAAAAACAAAAAAAUUAUGUGAUGACAAUGGCGGGAAAAGACGAGAAAGACAAAGAUAUUAUGCUUCUGCAAUUGUUUUGACACUCGAGUUUUGAUUGUUUGCCCACGAAAGGAUAUGGUUAAAACUGGAGGAUUUUCUCCCCGCCCCCUCCCCCCCCACCCCUCCAGUUUUUUUUUGGUGCACUGAAAGACAUACAGUGCGUAUAUAUGCACGUGUGUGUGUAUAUAUAUAUGCACUCUCUUGGUAAUCUAGACACUAAAGUUGGGCUUGAUGACGAAGUCAAUUUCUUGAGGGUUGUGACAGUGUGAUAAAAUAAUGGGCAAUGUUUUGCGUAUUAACAAUGGCCUAAUAUUUUUUGUCUGUCUUGGUAGCAUAAUUGUGACCAUUUAUGGCUGGUCAUGAAGUCACCUCUUCAUUAAACUUUAGGAUAUUUGAAACCAUUUUCUCUAUUGUAUUUUGUUUUAGUACCUCUCAUGUUCAAAGUGGUUUUUUCAUUUUUAUUCCAAAUAGGUAGGCUUCUUCCAUGCUUUAUUUACCCAAACCUACAUUCUCCAGCACGUUGCAUGUGCUGAGAGCAUUGUGAGAGGAGCCAUUUUAUCAUUCCUGUUUACUUACCAUUGUCAUGUCCAAAUUCGCAUUCACAUUCUAAUACAUUCAUGUCUUUAUUUUUUAUUUUUAACAAAGGCAGGCUCUUGAGUAUAUCGAGCUCAUGGCGAGGGCCUUAAUUGCUAAUGACAUGGUUAUUUUUCCUCCUUCAAAAUUAAAAGUGAGGUGUCCUCUGUUCCCGUCUGAUAUGCAGCUGAAGCUGCAUGUUUGUGAAUGAGGACUCUGUCAGUGUUUCAUGAGUACAACAUUAGAAAACACUAUCCGUACUUUUAAUGUGUCUAAUGUCCACCAUGCCAAAUAUCAUAUAGAAUUUUGUGUACUCAAGAAACAAGGCUUGCAGUUCUUUAUUAGUUUUUUCAGUGUCAUAUUAAUGCUACACAUAUAUGUUAAAAGCUGACAUAUACAAUAUAAAUGUAGCUGAAAUGAAUACAAAUAAGUUCUGAGUCAACCUUGUUCAGGAGCAAUAUUUUGAAGGAAACAUUAAUUAUAGCAUUGGCCCCUUGUCGCCUUCAGUUCAAUGCACGUGUUUCUUAGUCAAGUAGCUCCCCUAGAUUUGUGAAGGCAUUGCAUUUAUUUAAUCCCAACUCAUGGGGAACAGUAGAAAAACAACCUUGAAGGAACGGUCUAAUUUCAAUUUCUAAUUUCAUAUCAAAUCAAGGUUAUGCGAGGCAGGAUUCCUUUUCUCACAGCCUAGUACCCUUGCAGCAUAGUUUCACUGACUGCCAGUCUUUGCACACUGGCACUAAGCCUUCCAAAUGUGUAUCAUGGCUGUAUACAUUAUUGCAUGCCUUUCAGGGUAUUCGUUGUGAAGGAAUGUGACUAUGGGACCGAUUAACUUAUGUGCUCAUCAUCCGUAGUACCUAUUUGGGGGUAUUUAAUCAUCAUUCUCCCAAUUGCACUUUGACUUCGUUAUAUUGCGUAAUUCUUACAUUGGUAGUGUACAUAUUAAUAUUAUAAAACUUUAGAAUUAAAAAAAAUAAUUUGCUAAAUCCUUUCAUGCUAAUAUCAUUUAUCCUGUUUUGAAUAUCAUUUAACUUUUAUUUUUAUUAUUAUUUUUGAGUCCUUAAAGUUUUCUUAUGACAUGUACAAACCAUUAACCAUAUUAGCUGAUCUGGUCUACAGUGUGAAACUGCAUGUCUGUGCCAAAAUGUAAUAGUUCUGGAUGUGGGAAUCCAGUCCAUCAAUGUGGCAUUUUGGGUUUGGGCAUUGUCCCCAUUUCCUUGGGUGUAUACAUGCUUUGCACUCUCUCUGUAUUACACAGAGGACAUUCUUCAUCAUUUAGGCCAGUGGUAACCAACCCUGUUCCUUGAGAUCUACCGUCCUGUAGGUUUUCAUUUCAACCCUAAUUUGGCACACGUGAUUCUAAUAAUUUUCAGCUCAAUGCAGGUCUUUAGCUGUUGAAGGUGGUGUGCUUUAUUAGGGUUGGAAUGAAGUCUUACAGGACCAUAGAUCUCCAGGAACAGGGUUGGUUACCACUGAUUUAGUCCAACAGUUCUCUGAAAAGGAUGUUUAAGAGUUUUACUUGUUGUAAGGCUUUUGGGUUGAAAUGCAUUUCUUUCUGAAUAAAACAAACGGUCCACAUGUUAGUUUUAUCAUAACCUUUCUGCAGCCCCUUUCUGAUACCCAGAACAUUGGGGCAUGACCUGGGUUUUUUUUUUUUUUUUUUUUUUAGAAUGGCAGGGAGAGACUGGACUGUAGAGCUCGUGUGUGCUUGAGGGACUUCUUGUUUCCCUCUCCAUGGAAUAAUGCCCAGCACUGGAAUUCUUCAUCGUUAUGGGUAUGAUGCUAUCACAUUCAAAUAAGCAACAGUUUCUUCGGCGGUGGAAGAUACUCCCUUUCACUCAGACUUCUAGAAGAGGAUACCUACUUGGAAGCAUUUCUGCCGUUUCUGAGGAAACGCAGGAGUCCCCUCCCAUGACACCCAGAAUGAACCGGCUCAAAAGGGGAACAGCACGCAAAAAAGGAAAAUGGCACCCAUUUCAGCUUAGUUAUCCAUCAGCUACUCAAUGGAAGUUUUAUAUACUUUGACACAUUGUUUAAACUAACUCUGUAGUCUGAUACAUGAAGAUUAAGCAGCAUAAUUUUCUCAGAAGAAUAGGGAACGUGGGGACUGGCGGCAAUCUGACCUUUUACACACGUUUUUUACAGAGCACUAAUAAGAGGAACAGAGCAUGUUUUCACCUCUUCAGAAUAGCUUCUCAUCUCGGCUGAGAACAGUGACAUGUCAACUGUUCAGUGCUUCAGGGAAGAACACAUUUGGAGUGCUCCAAAGAGGAUUGACUCCAGAGCAACCAGAGCUUUCGCUCACAGCAGACCUUGAUCCUGAACUAAUCCUUUCCCUCUACAGGAGAAAAUGGAGCCUCCUCUUCGGUCCUACGACCUGCGCUGUCCUUGGUUCUCAGUACUGGUUUACAUGUUUUACAAUGUAGACACUACACCGUCCUCCGUUGUGUGUGGCUGUCGUUGCAGAAGGGGAGAAACUUUUUAUAGACGUCAGUAUUAUUAUUAAGUAUGUGUUUCUUUAAAGGUGAAUUUUCAGUGCUGUAGCUCUAAUAAAUUUCCUUUAUCUUCACAGAG